AUGUAUGCCUUUGCAAAUGUUCUCCUGGCCCUUCUGCUCAUCUACGCUUGCAAAAUCGUGCCGAAGAAAACAGGGGCGGUCCCUCAAAACUACGACGUGUUCCUGAGCUUCAGAGGCGAAGAUACUCGCACUGGCUUCACUGAUUUUCUCUACAUCAGCCUGGUAGAUGCUGGGUUCCACGUAUUCAGGGACAACGAUGCACUCCCUGUUGGCAAGGAGAUAGGCUCGGAGCUUCUGCAGGCAAUCAGGAAUUGUCAGAUUGCAAUCCCUAUCAUCUCCGAACGGUAUGCACAGAGUAAACCAUGCCUCCAUGAGCUCAAUGAGAUCAUGGAUUGCCACACAAAGCAUCACAGAUCGGUCUUCCCUGUGUUCUAUAAGGUAGAUGUAGUUGAUGUACUUGAGCAACGCGGUAUUUUCGGAAAGGCUCUACGGGAACAUAGAAGGCAUUGCAGCUCAAGAGACGUGCAAAAUUGGGAGUUGGCGCUGACUUCUGUCGCGGGCAUUAGAGGAUGGACAUCACAGGCCAUUGCUAAUGGGCAUGAAGGAGAGCUGGUGAAAAUGGUGGUCGCAAAGGUGUCGAGUGUUUUGAAGACGAGGUGGAUCGAAAGGCUCCUCAUCUUUUCUAUGUUGAUGUCUUAUUACCGCAUAAGAUCAGGUAUCUCUCCCUUCCGUUUGAGCCCAGCACCUCCCAUUCCCAAGUAUUCUCUAUGUUUGUCAUAG